AUGAGUUCAGUAGCAAGCAACAAGACGAUCCCAGCAACGACCACUGUCAGCUCGAAUUCCACCGCUCCUCCGGCCGAAGCGAGCAACACGACGAAUGCUACACAGACCUCUGCAGAUGUCGGUGCUUCGGUCACUACCGCGUUGACAAACAGCACCGACGACUCGAUGAUGACGCUGCUUACACUAGGUCCGCUGACAUCCUGCAUCUCACUGCCCGAUCUUUCGGUGAGCCCUAUGCCGGUUAGUAGCCAAUCAGGAGUUGCACAGCAGCACGCGCUGCGCGCGUGGCUGGAUGCGUUGCCGACGAAACGCUCGUGUUCGUCGUUAGCCUGGAAGCUUACUCCUGACUACUCGCGACAUCUGGAGGCGGUCAUGACGUUUCAGGGUGAGCUAGAACGGAUCGUUCCUGCUGCAGCGAAUGCGACGGGAACCACGACGAUCGGCGGCACAUCAGGCAUUGCGUUGAACGCUUCUGCGCCAGCUCCAGCAGACCGGGUUGCAGCCAACAACGCGAGUUUCUUCUCGAGCAGCGCGUCGGCUUCUGCGCUCUGGUCGCCACCUGCAACCAACGUCAAUUCACUUGCUCAGACGCUUCCGCUCUGGAUUGGAGUGACGCUGAGUUGUGUUGCUAUGGUGCACUUGGUCGCACUGGUCUUGCACAUUUUCUCGAAUUUGGAUGCGCUGUUUCGCGCUAGCUCAGCGUCCGCAUUGGGCUCAAGAGCAACAAGCGACUCGGUUCUGCCAGGACAUGCUCGGUCAACGAACCAGAGCGCAGCAACGCUUGUAGAAGCAUCAGCGGAUGAAAAGACAAGCCAACUACCGCAGUACACUGAGCAGUGCGUUGCAUCUGUCGAUGGGUUGCGUGCGGGCGAGUGUCGUGCGCUGGUGCGCAUCUCUCGCAAGGUGAACAGCGUGGUGGUUGGAAUGCUGAUGUUGGCUGCGUUGGCGAUGGUCGCGGUGGCGGUGGUGUUGAAUGCGAAAUUUGCGGUUGGUCCUGUAGAGUUAUCGGGUGGGUUGAAUGGAUCUGAGGUCAAUGCGGGUGAUGGUGCGACGACCGAGUCGACUAGCAGUGGCGUCAGCGAUGCGAGCAGAACCACGUCCACGUCGAGCGUCACUGUGCCGAUGUCUCAUGUACUCAACCCAGCAAGCUUGUCUGUCGCCACAGCCACGGCAAGCAUGAGGCUCGUUCGAAGGCAGACAAAUUACUUGGCCACUCCACCGCCGUCUUCAGCUGCUGUUCCUGUUGCGACGUCAUUGUCCAUGCCAACAUCGACGGUAGCUGCUUCCAGUCCAACAGAGACUUGGGAAGCUUCACCCAACGCGUCGCUGUUCCCGACAUUCACUGCUACUAGGUCGACUACUACGGCUACCGGUGUGGCUACUGCUAGUGCCAGCGCUUGGACGAUUUGCGCGAGUUCCACCGACACUUGCACACCUAGCCGCUCGUCGUCCAUGUUGGUCCUCGAGCGCGCCGAUUCAUUCCACCGCGUAUGGUGGAUCGUGAUGCUCGAUCUCGUGCUUUGGUUCGUCCAACGUCGACGCUUACGCUCGCAAACUGCGCUCGACAACGCACGCGCUCUCAUCGCGGCGCAACUACGCUCCGCUGACGGCACGCAUUUCACGCCCAACUCUCGCUCUUCGCACCUCGAUCCAGCUCGUGCUCAUCGAGCCUAA